CGCGCGAGCACCGAGCGAGUCGCUUUAAUUAAAUCACGUAUUACAAAUCGACAUUUCCACCCGGAAGAUUAACAAGAUCUCCAAGCAGAACGAUGACGACUGUUGCAGCGAUACUUUGCUGCUUGGUUGGCGUCCUAACCACCGAAGCGUCUCCUUCUCAACGGCAGCUCUUAGUAACGGCACCAAUCGGACCUGUAAAGGGUUCCAUCUUAACCUCCAGGCUUGGCAAGGAUAUCUAUUCCUUUCGUGGCGUGAGGUACGCCGAACCUCCUACUGGACGACAACGUUUUCAACCGCCGAUCCCAGCGGAGGAUUGGGAGGACGUCUUCGAUGCGAGCGAGGAAGGGCCAGAGUGCCCUCAACCUCGCAGCACGACCAUGUCGGAGGACUGUCUACGUUUAAACGUGUACACCACUAAAUUGCCUUCCGAAGGAUCGAACGUGUCGAGACCGGUGAUAGUGUUCCUGCACCCAGGAGGAUUUUAUUCCUUCUCAGGAAAGAGUAGCUUGUUUGGACCUCAGUAUCUCAUGGACCAGGACAUCGUCUUGGUCACUAUCAACUAUCGCUUAGGAGCGUUAGGUAAAUGGAGAUUAUGGAACGCCUAA